CAGGACCAGCGCGACGUAAGAGAGACAGUCGGAAAACGCUGAGUGCGGCCUUCGGGGCCUGGAAGGAUGCAGCUGCUGAGGUGGGACACAGCUUUGUGCUGUUCAAGGACUCUGAUGGCUGAUGUUUUAUGUGCGGUGGACGGUUAGCUUGAAGAGCCUGUUUUGGUGGUAUGAGAGAAAUAUUUCAGUUGUCCGAGCAGCACUGCCUUUAAUUCAAUCUCCGAGAGAUUAACUGCUGAAGAAAUCUGCUCAGAGGCUAAAAACUCGAUCGUACAGUAUGAAGAGGAGACCAGCCUUUAACGCAGACUGCUGGAUAUCAGCCGAAGACUCGGGAUAAAGUCACAGAUAACAGACCUCUAAUAACAGCAUGAAGUGUAAGGAGGAGGAAAGUCUGGAUGACCAGCAGGUCUGGAUCCAGCAGGAAAACUCCAGUCUGGACCAGGAGGACCCAGAUCCCCCACGGAUAAAAGAGGAACAGGAAGAAAUCUCCACCAAUCAGGGAGAGGGAGAGCAGCUUGAACUGAAGGAGGAGGCCGAAAGUGGGGAUGAACAACUCAAACUCGACGAUGAUAUGCGGAAACCUGAAAUAAACUUACACAGCACAGAUUUUCCAUAUCAACAUGUCUGUAAGGAGGAAGAGGAUUUCACAGACCAGCAGGUCGAUAACAAGGAGAAGAGCCACAUUAUGAACCAGGAGGAUCCAGGGACUCUGCAGAUUAAAGAAGAACAUGAGGAACUCUACACCAGCAAGGAGGGAGAGCAGCUCGUACUGAAGCAGGAGACUGAUACCUUUCUUGUAACUCUUGGUUAUGAUGAAGGUGACCACAGUGAUUCAGAGCAACACAGUGAUCAGCUCCUUUCUCACAGCUCUCCUGAACCAGAGAGUCAAGAUCAGGAAAAAAGUAAGCACAUCAACUCAGAAUCAACUCGAUAUACGGAGCUGAAUAAGAAGACAUAUGACACAAAUAACAGAAACAGAGUGGAAAAUUCUCCAUUGUCAGAGACUCAGUGUAAAUCUGAGAUAAGUAAAAAGUCUGCAAAAUGUGAGAUUUGUGGAAAAACCUUUCAUGAUAAAUCCAACCUAACGAGACAUCUGAGAUCACACACAGGUGAGAAACCUUAUUCUUGUACCACCUGCGGGAAAGGAUUCAGUAGGAAAUCAGGAUUGGAGACUCACAUAAGAAUCCACACAGAUGAGAAGCCGUAUUGUUGUAACACUUGUGGAAAAAGAUGUAGUCAGAUGAUACAUUUGAAAAAUCACAUUAGAAUCCACACAGGUGAGAAACCAUAUUCUUGUAGUACCUGUGGGAAAAGUUUCAGUCAGCUAAUUAACCUUAAAACUCACAUGAGAAUUCACACAGGCGAGAAGCCAUAUUCUUGUAGCAUCUGUGGAAAAGAGUUUUGUGCUUUGUCAGCAUUCAACAGACAUAUGCGAAUUCACACAGAUGAGAAGCCACAUUGUUGUAGCACCUGUGGGAAAAGAUUUAGAGACCAAUCGACAUUCAAAAAACACAUGACAAUUCAUACAGGUGAGAAGCCUUAUUCUUGCAUCACCUGUGGAAAAAGAUUUGGUCAUAAACCAACAAUGGAAAGACAUCAGAGAAGUCACACAGGUGAGAAACUACAUUCUUGUAGCACCUGUGGAAAAGGAUUCAGUCAGAUGAUAAACUUGAAAAUUCAUAUGAGAAUUCACACAGGGGAGAAGCCACAUUGUUGUAGCACCUGUGGGAAAAGAUUCAUUCAGAUGAUACAUUUGAAAAGACACAUGAGAUUUCACACAAGUUGAAAAUUUCACAUAAAAUGUGCAAUAGCUGUUAGUUGUAAAAGUGGGUUUAUGACAGGGCCAAUACAGGCGAGCAGGCAAAUUACUCAAAAGGUUGAUUCUGUUCAUCUGGACGUAGCGUUUUCAGUGGAAGAAACCAUCUGUCACUCAUCACUACUCAUCAGAGAGUAACAUGAGGAUUUUUAAAAAUGAGGAUGAGAGGAGAUAUUUAUCUCAUAUUUGGAAAGUUCUUCUGCAGUGGGAAUCAUUAUUAUUAUUAUUAUUAUUAAUAAUGAUAAUAAUAAUAAUAAUAAUGAGGUGUCUGAAUAGCAUAUAUGAUAUGAUAUAAAAUGAUAGGUGUAUUGUUUUAUGUUGUAGAGCUGAUUUAUUUUUUUUAUUUUUUACAAAAUAUCUGCAAGUGAUACAAGUGAAAAAGGAGGACAUGAAAAAAAUUGUUGUUUUUUUUGUUCUUUUUGUAGCCAGGAUUUGGUACCUUGGUCAUUCAAUAGGGAGAUUAAACUUUUGCCUCAACCUGUCUUCUUGAUUAAUCGUUUAGUUAUAUUGCUUCUUAGUGUGAGUCACAUAUUUAAAAAGUUUCAGAAAAAUUUUAUGUGAUGUGUAAUCUUUAAAACAUGAAGCAAAAACAAAGAUAAUUUUUUUUCUAAGUGUUGUCAUUGUUUUGGAUAUUCAGUCAGCUUUUUAAAUUUAAUGUAGAUUUUCUACAUUAGCACACAGUCUAAUCUGCUGCCUUGUAUUUAAAUAAUUGGGUGUAAUCCUUUACAGAGUUACUGUAAUUGCAUUACAGUUUCCCUAUAAACAGUGUUAUGACAUAGCAUGGAUGCUGGAGGUGGUAGUCCACCCUUUUAAAAAGAGGGACCAGAGGUUGUGUUCAGGGUGAUCACACUUAGCCUCCCUGUAAAGGUAUAUGCCUGGAUACUGGAGAGGAGAGUCUGCCUGUUAGUUGAAACCAGGAUUCUGAAGGAACAAUGCAGAUUUCUUCCUGAUCGUGGAAAAGUGGAUUUGCUCUUGAUUUUCUUGAGGAUAUUUAAAGAUGUGUAGAAGUUUACCAGCCAGUCUUGAUGUGAUUUGUGGAGUUGAAGGAGGCAUUUUCACAUUUUCCCUUGGAACCCUGUUUUGGAUGGAAAAGACUGAGAAUAUAUUUAAAAAAAUAUCACCAUGCUGUCCACUACCCCACAAUUUUCCCAACUAUUGUUAGAACAUCCCUUGAAAAAGUUAUAGUGUGUUAGUGCUUAAGUCUGUGAAUCUCUUGUGUGAAAUAAAUAUCCUUAU